UCAAACCAACCCGCCCGUGUUUAACGCGUGGACGACCACUGGACAGACAGGCGGUGCUGCUCACAGGAUCUACAUAUCAUAAGCUUUAUUGAUUCAAUAGCCCUUUUGACAAUUCUGCAGUGCUUAUAAACAUGCGUGUUAUUGAAGGAACAAUAAGUGUCGGCGCGUGAGAGACAGUCACUGAAUGACAGCAUGGCUAAACGAAGCACUCUAUUCAUCAGGAUUGUGGAAGGAAAGAACCUGCCAAUCAAGGACAUAACUGGAAGCAGUGAUCCAUACUGCAUCGUGAAGAUUGAUAAUGAAGCAAUAAUUCGGACAGCAACAAUAUGGAAGACACUUUCUCCGUUUUGGGGUGAAGAAUACACUGUCCAUCUUCCUCCAUACUUCCGCACAGUGUCUUUUUAUGUGCUGGAUGAAGACUCUCUCAGUCGGGAUGAUGUAAUCGGGAAGGUGUCAAUCACUAAGGAGGUGCUCUCUGCCAAACCUCAAGGUGUUGAUGGAUGGAUGAACCUAACAGAGAUUGACCCAGAUGAGGAGGUGCAAGGGGAGAUUCACCUCCAGAUCUCAGUACUGGGAGAUGGAGAUAUCCCACGGAAACUGUGCUGCCAGGUCCUAGAGGCAAGAGAUCUUGCGAAAAAGGAUCGCAACGGGGCCUCUGAUCCUUUUGUCCGAGUGAGAUACAAUGGCAAAACGUAUGAGAGCUCGGUGGUUAAAAAGUCCUGUUAUCCUCGCUGGAACGAGAGUUUUGAGUUUGAACUGGACGAGGCGCUGACUGACAGUCUACUGAGUGUGGAGGUGUGGGACUGGGAUCUGGUCAGCAGAAAUGACUUCCUGGGAAAGGUCCUGUUCAACAUCAAUAAGCUUCAGUCUGCACUGCAAGAGGAGGGCUGGUUCCGCCUGGGGCCUGACAAAUCUAAACACAGCGAAUAUGAAGGUACUCUGGGUUCCCUGAGGCUGCAUCUCCGGCUUCGAGACGAGGUUGUGUUGCCAUCCAGCCAUUACAAGCCACUCACAGAGCUACUCAGCCAGUCGGUCGGCUCUCAGCUCAACGGAAACUGGCCUGAUUUCAUCAUGCUGAUUGAUGAGACCACUACAGCGGAGAGCAGACAGGAAGUAGCUAAUAAUCUAGUGAAGCUGUUUUUGGGUCAAGGGCUUGUCAAGGAGUUCUUGGACGUUCUGUUCAAACUGGAGCUGGACAAGACUACCGAACCCAACACACUGUUCCGCAGUAAUUCAUUAGCAUCCAAGUCUAUGGAAUCAUUUUUGAAGGUGGCUGGGAUGCAGUAUCUGCACCGGCUUCUGGGGCCCAUAAUAAACCGAAUCUUUGAAGAAAAGAAAUACGUAGAACUGGACCCCAGUAAAGUAGAACUGAAAGAAGCAGGGUGUGCAGGUUUGCACCGUCAGCAGACAGAAUCUGAUGUUAUUCAGCAGAGCUCCAGCCUUCUCCAGUCAUACCUGUCUGAGCUUCUCACCUCCAUCCUACAGUCUGCAUCCUACUGCCCGCUGCUCAUCUGCCAGGUUUUCCAUCAGCUCUACCUUAGAGUGCAGGAGCGCUUCCCGGACCCGGAGUACCGGAAGGUGAAGUUCAUUGCUGUAACCAGCUUCCUGUGUCUGCGGUUCAUCUCACCUGCCAUCAUGUCUCCAAAACUAUUUCACCUACGAGAGAAACAUGCCGAUGCCCGUACCAGCCGCACACUCCUGCUACUUGCUAAAGCCGUGCAGACCAUCGGGAACAUGGACACUCUGGCAUGCUGCUCUAAAGAGCCUUGGAUGGUGCGUUUGCAGCCUGCCAUUCAGCAAGGCAUCACCCAGCUCAAAGACUUCAUCACCAGACUGGUCAACUGUCAUGAGUCAGAGGAUCUUGAGCUUCAGACGCGAAUGAGCCUUCAGUGUGGCACUAUGGAGAAAGAAGGUUUUCUCUUCCUGCACAGGACCAAGGACAAGUGUAUGCCAAUGACUUCUCCCUUUAAGAAGUAUUAUGUGACGCUCAGCAAAGACACACUUUCUUAUUCCAGAACUCUGCAAUCUAAGAAGAGCUCAUCUAUUUCCCUGCCAAAGAUCCGUGCGGUAGAAAAGGUGGAGGAGAAGUGUUUCGGCAGUGCCAAUGUCAUGCAGAUCAUCUCCAGUGAAGAAUUGGGCCAGCAGGAGACCCUAUACCUGGACUGCAAAAGUGUAAAUGAGUUGAAUCACUGGUUGUCGGCUCUCAGGAAAGCCUGCAGUCACAACACAAACACUAUGAGCUGCUUUCAUCCCGGCAUCUACAAAGCAGACCGAUGGAGCUGCUGCCAUCAGAAGGAGAAAUCAGACCCAGGCUGUGAUAAAACCCGACAUGGAGUGACUCUGCAGGAAUGGUACGACCCACUGGACCCAGAUCUGGAGGCUCAGCUCAUCUACCAGCAUCUCAGCAGUGUCCAGCAUGCCAUGCGAGAUAAGUAUUAUAAGUUGCAAGAGCAGCAGGGAGUUCAGGAGGCAGAUUCAGGAAGAGACCAGAAGAAAUCCGACGGAGUGUCAAAACUCUUCGACAUUCUCCAAGACCUUCAUGAAGCUCAUGCUGCGGUGGAGGAAGAGGAAAGAUCGAAGAAUAAAAACGUUUUCCUGGAACUACAAACGUAAAUGAAAGGACGCUGGUUUGUAAUGAAUUUCACGUCAUUCACAGUGUUAUUCCGUCACUGAGCGGCUUCAAAACAUGCUAUUGUUUCGACACUGACCAGAAAAGAAAGCUGAAAAUGCUAAAAGAUUUAUUUGUUCUUGUAUUCUUGAACAGAUGUUUGUUUUUUAGAUGGGUAGUUAGAGGAAUGCAGUCACGAAUAAGGAUAGUUGUGGUGUUUUCGCUGUGUGUUUGGCAUUAAGGUAAGAUGGAGUAUGGCGUUGACUUACUGCAUUGUUUCAAUUGGGUUCACUUUAUUUGAAUGAAUUUCAGCUUUAAUGGUUUGAAUCACCAUUCUUCCUUCAUGUGCUUUUAACUUUAAAAAGAAAUACUUUGGAUUUGCAUGUCGGCUCUU